AUGCUCCUUGGUGCUGCGGUAGUCGCGGCUGUUUUCUCAGCCAUCUUUAUCGGCAUCGGAUCUUGUACCGAUAUGGUAGGGACAUGGAUCAACUAUCAGAACGGAACAUAUCGUUUUGAUAGGAACGGAAGCAGCACCGGUGUCCGCUAUACGGACGAUAAUAACAGCAACAUCCGUGAAAGCGCCGAGCACAACUCCACGAUGGCCACGACACAAAGCGUUCAAGACCUGAGAACAAGACUCGCCGCCCUGGAGAGAGGAGACUCGGCUCGCAACGUGGGUCAAAACGCGGCGGCUCGCAAUGAAAGCUCAACCGCUACGAUAUCCAUGAACUGUGUCACAACUCAAAUUUUCUUGACUUCGAAUUCAAGUCAAACAACCACCAGUGGUGCCUCUGAAGGCCAAGUAACCUCCAUGGAUGGACAAGUGGAAGAAGUAGGUACCUACCUAGGGACUUACGCUGAGAACGUCCGUGAUUUCCGAGCGAAGUGGCAUUUGGUGCCUUGA